GUUAGAAUGGUAACUACCAAAAAGGAUCAGCGUGUUUUGUUGGACCCUGGCCUCCAACAAGCAGAUCCUUUGGUAUAUGAACUGCUAGAAAAAGAGAAACGUCGUCAAUGGAAAGGAUUGGAGCUAAUAGCUUCUGAAAAUUUCACAUCUAAAGCUGUUUUGGAAGCUUUGGGUUCGGCUUUUACAAACAAAUACUCGGAAGGACAACCAGGAGCUCGAUAUUAUGGAGGUAACCAAUAUAUAGAUGAAUUGGAAAUACUUUGUCAACAAAGGGCAUUGGAAGCUUUUAGCUUGAAUCCUAAUGAUUGGGGAGUGAAUGUUCAGCCUUAUAGCGGUUCACCUGCAAACUUUGCAGUUUUAACUGCUUUGUUACAACCUCACGACCGUAUCAUGGGACUGGAUCUUCCCUCCGGUGGUCAUCUAACACAUGGCUUUUAUACGGCAAAAAAGAGAGUCUCUGCAAGUUCUAUUUAUUUUGAAUCACUUCCCUAUAGGGUUUCUCCAGUGACAGGUUAUAUUGAUUAUGAGAAUUUGGAGGAGUUGGCACGUCUCUUUCGACCAAAGUUAAUAAUUGCCGGUGGAAGUGCUUAUCCACGAGAAUGGGACUAUGCCAAGUUUAGAAAGAUCUGUGAUGAGAAUGAUGCCUAUCUUAUGGUAGACAUGGCACAUAUUUCUGGUUUAGUUGCUGCUAAGCAAGUGUUAUCACCAUUUCCUUAUGCUGAUGUAGUGACAACUACGACUCAUAAGAGUUUACGUGGACCAAGAGCUGGUAUGAUAUUCUAUCGACGUCAAUGUCUUGCAUAUAGUAGAAGGGGAGAAGAUUUGGAACCUUUGAUCAAUUCGGCAGUAUUUCCUGCUUUACAAGGAGGACCACACAACCAUCAGAUUGCAGCACUUGCCGUUCAACUUGCUCAAGUCAAUACACCGGAGUUUAGAGAAUAUGCAAAACAAGUCAUAUUGAAUGCCCAAGCUUUAGCUGAAAAGUUAAAUUCGUUGGGUUAUCAUUUAGCCACUAGUGGAACAGAAAAUCAUUUGAUAUUAUGGGACUUGAGAGCUCAAUCAUUGACAGGGUCCAAGGCCGAAAAGUUAUUUGAAAAAUGUUCUAUUACUUUAAAUAAGAAUUCUGUUCAUGGAGACAGUUCUGCAUUGAGUCCUGGAGGUGUUCGUAUUGGUACUCCUGCUUUGACAUCUCGUGGAUUCAAAGAAAAAGACUUUGAACAAGUUGGAGAGUUUCUCCAUCGUGGAAUAGAAAUUGGUCUCAAUAUUCAGCGCAAAACUGGAAAGAAGUUGCAAGAUUUUUUAUCAGGAUUGGAAGUCUAUUAUCAGCCGGAACUCAUUGGACUGCAAAACCAAGUAGAAAGCUUUGCUUCUAGUUUUCCUAUUCCAGGUUUUGAUGCGAGAAUAGGCGACUAGUUGUAUAAAGAAUACCGAAAACAAACUUUCUGCAAUUUUUGUAAUAAAAAAAGUCCGUACGAU